AUGCAAAAUAAUAACAACAGGAUUUUUUUAGAUCAAUUUAUAAAACAAAUUGAGUAUUUUCAGAAAUCUACACAUUUUUCCCCGCGUGUCCCCGUUUUUGCAAAGAUUGGCGAUACCUCCGACACCAUGAACCCUUCUUCUGAACGGAACCCGUGUGGGACAAUCCCAUCUCUACCACCACCCACGACCGCAUUUGAUUCUACCCUUCGUAACUGCUCAAUUAUGGAAAAGCCGCAAAACCGACGCUGUCCAGAAGGAAAUUUGGCUCAAAGAACUACCCCGAUCUACCCAAGAUCAUCCACUUUUCCGAAAAACAAGCAGCUAAAUUGGAGUUCCACCUACCGAAAUGAUUUCGUCCCUCGGAAAGGUGACCGUCCCGCGCAGAUGAGACCGUCCAACACCCCGUGGCGCACGGAAGUCCAAUUCUACUGGGAUUCCGUGUACCGUUCCGAGUACAAGGCGUUCCCCUUGAGCAAAAAGGAGGCCCGACCGCCAGACUGGGAAUAUUUUCCGCCCUGCCAACCCAUGAACGGUCAAACGUCGUACACUCGAGAUUAUCCCAAGAAGGAGGGCGCACCAGCGAAGACGACGAAAAAGCGGUUUUUUCUCGACCCCUGUCCACCCCCGUUGGAUGACCAGUCAACCUACAGCAUCGCCUUUGUUCCCCACGGACUGCUCCCUCGCGACGCAAAAAAGACGCAGAAAGAGUUGCAACUGGAAUAUGGAUCCAUUUGCGCACCAUUUGAAGGGAUCACGACGUACAAGCGCGACUUCCUCCCCAACAAUCGCCCGGAUCCGGGCAGGUCCAUGAAACCGAAACUGUACGGGGCCAAACCUCAAGGGAAAUUUGACGACAGGACGGUCUACCGGUGUGCCUACGAACCCUUCUACUACGACGAUGAACAGCUCGAAAAUUGCAUCCCGUAUCCCGAGUACGACAACAUGUUUCCUCCCAAAGACAAGUGCGCGGAGGUGCGCUGUUUUCCCGAAGCGGAGCGAACCCCGCCGCUCCAGCCGCCGCUGCCACCGUCGCCACCGUGUCGACCGCCUCAGCCGGGAUUUGUGUGCCCGUCGUCGCGCGAAGUGAGGUGCGGGGGUCGCGCGCCGCUGACCGGGUUUCGACCCGCUCCUCCUGCGCCACAACCGAUUUGUGGACCUUGUGGGAUGCGGUAGAGGGGGCGAAUUUCCAUAUAAUUCAAAUGAUAUGAUACAUGACAAUUUAUGAUAAGAUGAUACGUAUCUAAUUAAUUUUUCAUAUGAAUCUCUGGGUUAAUUAAUUAUCUUCUAAUAUUCGAACCCGACA